AAACCAUCCAGCUCAGAGAAUAAAACUCCAACAGAACUAUUGUAAACACAAAAGCUGACAAGGGCAGGACAACAGUAGUCAUGAAUAAAAAGGAAUAUAAUACUAAAGCUUUUCAAAGUCUUUCCACUGGUCCAUAUCAAAUGAUUGAUUCAAAAUAUCUUCAAAUAGUUAAAAAUAAAGUCAAAUAAGAGACAAGUCAACUUUUGAAAGAAUUAAAACUAGUCAUUGGUGUCUUUUUAUGGUUUAUGCUAUAUCCUAAAUCAUGCACUAAUUGACGUCACAUUUUUAUGGUUUACUUCAAAUUCCUACUAAGACCUAUAGUAGGCUUUACAAACACGCCAUCAUGUACACUAUUCAAUUAUCUGGACAGCAUAUUAAAGCCACUUCAACAUAACUUACAUAAUAUAAUUAAAGAGUCCGAUGAUUUUAAAUCGAAAACAUCGGAAUGAAUUAUCGAAAAGAAUGAAACCAUGCUAAAUUCAGAAGUGAUGGACCAAGAAGGAGAAGAUGAUGAGAGCCCAUUAAACAGUUUACUGAAUGAUGUCCCAAAUUAUAUGCAACCUGACCCUAUAAAAUCUAAACAUAAUUCAACUGUGAAACCAGAUAAAAAGAAUAUCAAGGAUAAUUCAGUAAAUAUUAAAAAAAUUUCUUCUCGUUCUAGUGAUCAGCAACGUCAUCAACAUAAAAAAAAUAAUCCAAAUAUUGAUAUAGAUCAAUCACAUGGUAAUCAUGAUUUAAAUGAAAAUCGAAAUCAUUUAUCAGAGAAACCAUCAUCUGUUGAUAGAAAUUCUAAAUAUUGGCCACAAUAUCUUAGCUCAGAUUAUUUAGGUCCAAUUGAAAGAAAUUUUGAAUUAACUAAUUGGGAUUGGUUACGAUUAAAUGUACUUGGAUCUGGUUGGGAAGAAGCACUUAAAGAGAUACCAGUUAGUCGUCGGGAAGCAUUAAAUUUACUUGUGAUUAUGAAAAAGAAAUUGCUACGAGCAGCAAGUGAAUUAACAUUUUACAAAGAACGUGUCACUAUUUUACAAGAUCAAUUAAUUCAUCAAAAAAGAAAUGAAGAGAAAUUAAUUCGACUUCAAGCUGAAUUUAAAUCUCAAUCAUUGGAUUUAGAAAAACUUAACAAAAAUGUUUCAAGAGUUCCAUUAUUAGAGAGAACAGUUAAACAACAAGAAGAACUUAUUUGUCGAUUAGAAACACUUCUUGAACGUCAAAGAAAACAAAAAUUAAAUGCAAACCUUUCAAAUUAUUCAAUGAAUCCAUUAGAUAAUGAAUUAUUAGAACAAUCUUAUAAUAAAUCAAUAAUCAAUAAUCAACCAAUCAAUUCAGAUCAAUCAAUGUUAACAACUGUUACAUUAAGAAAUUUAUCUAAUGAAAAUGAACAAUUACGUAAUACUAUUAUUGAAUUAAAUAAAACUGUAUGUAAUUUAGCUAAACAACAACAAGAUAAUAAUGAAUAUCAUCAAAAUAUUGAACAAAAAUAUUAUGAAGAAAUUCAAGCAUUAAAAGAACAACAAAAUCGUUUAGAAGAACAAACAAUUAUUAAAAAUAAAAAAAUGGAUCAAAUUGAAAAUGAAAAGUUUCGAACAGUACUUGCAGAUAAUGAACGAUUAGAAUUAUACAAAUUAUUGGAUAAUGCUGAAUUGAGAAUUAAAGCAUUAGAAGAAGAGCUUGAACGUCAAGAUAUUAGAGCACCGAGAAAUUCUAAUGAUAUAGGAGUCUCACGUAGAUCUAAUUUAUCAAAAGAACCAUCUUGGAAAUACUCUGGUCCAACUAAAACUACGCAAUCUUUCCCACUGUUAAAUAGAGAAAAAGAACAAUGCCAUCUUCUCCCUUACAAACAAAAACAUGUAGACAGUGUAUAUGCAAAAGAACCAUGGGAAUCCUAUGAAUCAAUUACAUGUUUGCCUAAUCAAUGUACACCUUCAUAUCAUAUACAAUAUAAAAAUGAACUGUAUCCCAAUCCUCAUAUACACAAUAAUACUAAUAAGUAAACCUAUGAUUAAAACAAAGAUGAUAACAACUUUUAAUAUUCUAUAUGAAGAUAUUCUAUCUUUAUUUUUGUUCUCCUUUUUUGUGCUUUGUUCAGAUUGUUUUUUUUCUGAGUUUGAUUAAAGCUUAUUUUACUAAAUAAACUUAAAUAAACUGAUUACCUCAGAGAUGAUAUAUGCGUGGGUGGAUUUGGCUUUCUCAUCUUCACAUAGUAACUACUUGUUUUAAUGACUUAUUUGUUUAAUUUAGACAGAAGAAAAAUUAUUAAACUGUCAACUAUGACUUAAUCAAAAGGGGUUUACUGGAUACUGGGUAUUUUCAUAGUUGAAAGCAUGAGUCAAUUGAAGCUAGACCACCAGGGAAAACCUGGAAGCACUGGACGG